AUGUCCGACUACGAGGAUGAAAUGGAUGUUGAUGCGCCCGCGGUGCAAGAUUCCGUCAUGUUCAGCUCGGACAAUGUUAAUUCAAAGGGCAAGAGAAGUGCUGCGAACCUACCAGUUGAAGCAGAAGAUAAUCUUCCUUGGAUUGAGAAGUACCGCCCAGAUACUUUGGAGGAUGUUUCUGGCCACCAAGAUAUUCUGGCGACAAUUAACAAAUUUGUGGACUCAAAUAGACUUCCUCACCUGCUGCUAUAUGGCCCUCCUGGGACCGGUAAAACAUCUACUAUCCUUGCUCUUGCUCGGCGGAUAUACGGAGCAAAAAAUGUGCGCCAGAUGGUCCUUGAACUCAACGCCUCAGACGACCGUGGUAUCGACGUGGUCCGGGAACAGAUCAAGACGUUCGCAAGCACAAAACAAAUCUUUACCAUGAACCCGACUUCUUCCACGACAACAUCAAUUGCGGCGUACAAACUCAUUAUACUCGAUGAGGCAGAUGCAAUGACCUCGACGGCCCAAAUGGCACUGAGACGAAUCAUGGAGAAAUAUACGGCAAAUACCCGAUUUUGCGUCAUCGCAAAUUAUACACAUAAACUGAGUCCAGCAUUGCUGAGUCGCUGCACUAGGUUCAGAUUUAGUCCGCUGAAGGAGGUCGAUAUCCGGGUACUAGUGGAUAAGGUUAUUACGGAGGAGAAUGUUCAAAUAACACCAGAUGCGACGGAUGCGCUUGUAAGACUGAGUAAAGGUGAUAUGAGAAGGGCAUUGAAUGUGUUACAAGCAUGCCAUGCCAGUAGUACACCCCUUCACCUAAAGGGCACACCGAAGCCCCCCGAGAAGGAUAUAAAACGAGAUACGAUUACCGAAACGGCAAUCUACGAAUGUAUCGCCUCUCCACACCCUGCAGACAUUAACAAAAUCCUCACUACGCUCCUCAAGACCACAGACGUCACGUCCUGCUUGCAACUUAUCAAUUCCCUCAAGGCUACCCAAGGACUAGCAUUAGCAGACAUCAUUACUGCACUAGGCGAAGAGCUCAUGAAGCUCGACGUCCCGGCGCCUGUCAUGAUAACAUGGCUAGAUGGACUAGCUGAAGUGGAAUACAGGUUAAGUGGGGGCGGCAGCGAACUUGUGCAGACAGGAGCAGUUGUCGGAGUUGUGAGAAACGGCGCGGAACUUAUGAGUGAGGUUAAAUGA